AGAUGUUCUUGGCUCAAGCUGCCAAGGCGCCAACUUUCUACCCAUUUACCGGAACCAGCUAAGUCUGUGUACAUAUUCGCCAUGUGGCGCUGGCAUGUGUGCUGCGCAGUUCUUGCAAGCAUGACGCUUGCAAGAGGAUGGACACCAGACGAAUGUACGAAGUCCACUUCUUCCUCCAUGUUCCAAGUCCGAUCAAGCAUCUCAAAUUCGAAGGCUUCCCCGACCUGCGCCCCUUUGAAGAAUGAAGGAACCUACUUUACGGUCGAGACCUGCGUUGGUACACCGCCGCAGUGCUUCGAUACAGUUGCGGACACCGGGAGUGACAACGUCAUCGUCAGCUCUUGUGUUUGCAAUGAGCUCGCGGGCACGGGCUGCGGCUUGCAUGACAAAUGCUUCCGUGGAACCAGCAAGUCGAGCACGUUCUUGAUCUCCGAGCAGCCUAUCAUCGAAUCAAUCACAUUUGGCAGUGGAACUGUGGACACAGCGGUUGCUACUGAUAUGGUGUCAGUUGGUUCUGCAACGGCAAACAUGUCUGAGGGGGUGUUGCUCCUGCUGAACAGGGCAGAGCUUGAUGUCUCGGCAGACUUCCAGGGCAUCCUGGGCCUUGGCGUGCCGAAACGCUCCGCGGCUGCUUAUACGUCAUCUGCUGUGGUCAUGGAGCAAACUUCCGGCGGAAGCGAUGAAGUUUCCCGAGCGCUGUCUUCGGGCACCUGCAUGUUAUUCCCGCAACUUUGCAAGGAGGGCGCCAGGCAUUCGCGCGCGCUGGGCGCAACGGAAGAAGCGCCGAGUGAGCUGUUUCUAGAAGCUGCUCAAAUUCAGCGGUUCUCCAUGUGCUUUCAGGACUCCGCGCAGCCAGGUGCACUGCGCUUGCAGGUCCCCCCCUUUCGAGAGCCAAUUCCACAAAUCGGGCAGCUGCAUUGGGGCGUGAGCUUCAUGGGUCUGUCAGUGGGCUUGCGCGGAGGAUCUGCUGGGUCCGCACUCUUCUGCGGACCGGGCUCAAUGGCUGAAGGCAUGCAGAGCCCUUGCGGAAUCAUUCCAGACUCUGGGACUACCCUGAUAACUGGUCCUCCACAUCAAGUGUCCAUGCUGCAGGCCGAACUUUGCAAAGAGUGGCCGCGGUGCAACCGACUUUCCGGUGGUCCAAGUUCUGCGAAGUUCGAAGAUCUUCUUUUGCAAUGCUCCACUUGGAUUUCAGAGGGAGGACUCGAUGAAAUUCCCUCCAUUUUCUUCCAGGUUGGAGCGGGAGACGGGAAAGUGAAGACAUUUGAGCUGACUUCCUGGGCUUGGGUGACGCUUGAAAUCAUUGAUGGCCAGAGCUUUUGCUCUCCCGGCUUUGGGUCCAUGGACUACUACACAGGCGAGAACGGUCCAGUUUGGAUCUUCGGCAUGCCCCUGUUCUUUGAGUACACCGUGGGCUUCGACCUCAACGCCAAUGAAGUGUCCUUUGAAAAAUCGGCGUGCAACCCCUGCGAGGACAACAACGCAUCGACCUUUGUGACCCUUCCACAGGGCACUCGGAGACAACCGCGGAGGGGGAAAGGUCAACGUGUGGUUCGGCCUAUGGAUGUGAGCUUGCCGCUUUGAGCCGCGUAGUUUCUUGUUAAGAUUCACAGUAUGCUGAUUCCUUGGGACGUCAACGCCUUCGAGUCACCGAAUCUCACUUUUUGAAUUGUGUCCUUUCACUUUGCUCUCUUGGCUGAACCUUGCAUACUUUCUGCGGCUCUUGAGCUUGAUCCUUUGUGACAGGAUGGCAGGUCAAUCCCUUAUGGGAACAGCAGUGCCUGCCUGGUUUUCACUAAGCGAUCCGCGGCAGCAGCGCAUGAGAACGCGCU